UGUAAAGUUUUGUUUUAGUUUUAGUUUUUUUGCUCGAAUGCAUGUGCGUGGGGUAGCCCGAAACAACCCGGGAUCACACCGUGCUAAGCCGCUGCGGUCCCCUUCCCCAGUCCUGGUUUGUGCUGAGUAAGCAGAGCUGCACUGCGCUCUGUCGUGCUUGAUUCACGCGUGGAAGCUGUUUCACGUGCAUUAUCAACCCGAUAGUUUGGAGGGAUUAUAAAAUCCAUUGGUUUACUUUGCCUGGAAUGCUAAAAUCAGAUUCCCAGAUUGAUGCCUCGGCCUUUAAUGGUUUGAUGUCAUUGCACUUAUGGUGCAGUAAAAAAGACUGAUUUGGAUAAAGCCUACCUAUAUCUUGCAUGAUGGGGGAAAUGGCCAAUCGAGUGCCUGUGUACACAGAGCUUGAGCACUGAGGAACUCUGUUCUGCGCAAUAAAAUCAAUAAACCAUCUGCUGUCCUCUUCGGAUCCCUGCGCUGAGAGACUCGGAGACAUGCCUGCUUCCCCGAUAAUCCUGGGGGGCUCGCUGCUGUUCGACAAACUGCAGAUUGAAAUCCCAGCUGAAGCGGAACUCAAAUCGAUCCCUUUGAGAUCUUUGCCACCUUUGUUCCGUAAAAAAAUGUCCGCGUCCAGUCCCGUUGGGGCCCCCUUGCAAAGCGAGACAUCAGACUCUCCGUCUGUGAUCUGCAUUUCGCCUGUGACAACUAUGGAGGCCUUGAAAUGGGGAAACUGUCCUCACGUUCGAAGUCCGGCGGCUGAUUACAGAUCCCCCCCUGCCAAUGCCUUGGAAACCGACCGUCUCAAGUCGCCGGACUGGAACGAGAGGCCCAGGGUUAGUGAAAGCCAACAAGAGGCUAUCAAGUGCUGGAUGCCCGUGAAAUCCUCCAACAUGGUGGCUUUCAGGGUCUUGAAAUCCUUCAUAGACUACCAGCAGUCCGAUACAGAGGGAAUUCUGGAAGACCUCCUGAGGAUCUGCAGCCCCGCAACGCUCCCCGACAGUGGGAUCUUCAAGUUUAAAGAGCACUCUAUUAUAAUCUACCGCAGGGUGUACCUCAUUAUCAAGAAGAAAGGGAAGAGGAGCAGAGCCGAAGUUGAGGUUGUGGUCCCAGCAGAAGAGCCAGCCCGGGUUAACACUACCCGGCAGCAUCAGCAAGACAGUCCUGUUUCUCCAGGCGGCGAGUCCCGACCUGCUGCAGGAAACUCCACAGAGCGUUCCACUCGGCUGCAAAGACCAGCAAGGAUCCAAGAACAUUUCCAGCCACAUGCAUUUCCACUGGAUGAAGCCAACGUGGCUGGAGAUUUGAUUGGUUGUCGUGCUGCCAGGAGUGACCGUGAGUUUCUGAAGCUUUUCGGGAUCAAAUGGGAGCUCAGAAUCUCAGUGAAACGAUGGGAAGAAUUGGCCGAGACGAACUGCCUCACAGCAAAGAGAGAGGAAGAGGUCAGAGACACGGGGAGAGCGGAGAGUAACAGCGGCAUAGAGGAUGAGAAGCCGGUGUCCGCGGACAGUCGAGACAGUUCUGGGGGACCUAGCCCCAAGAAGCCGAAGCUGGACUCGCAAGGGCAGCCCAGCAGCCAGCCCUGCCCCGAGGCCUCUGCCCCAGAGCAGGAGGAGAGUUCAGUUAGGUCCCCUGGAGAGGACGGCAGCGGUGGGCCUGCGAGACUGCCCGAGUCCUUCUCUCUGACGGGCACCAGCCCAGACUACAGAGAGGAGUUUGAUUUCGAUCUGUCUUUACGGAACGAGAAGAUAGCCCUCAUCAGAAAGCUCCUGAGAGAGAGGGAGGCAGCUGUGGAGGCCAUUCGCAAAAGGCAGCGGUUUUAGGUGCAGCGUUUUAAACGGGUAGAAAAGUGGAUUGAAGAGUGUUUGUUCGGUUGCAGCUCGUUUGUUGAGAUUGUUUGACUUUCAUGACCGCAAACUUGUGUUUAUUUACAGUUUUGUAUUGGUUUUAUGCAUGUUCUGUACUUUCAUCUGCAGUCGACCAAUCAAGUCCAACUAGUGGCAAAGAUUUUUUGUAAUGUCGGAUAUUCGUGUUGCCCUCAAUUCUGCUUUAUUUUUAAAUCUGUUCAGACUGAUUUUUUUCUGAUAGCCCACAAUGGUAACUGCCAUUGACAAAUUGCCAACUCAGAUCAACUUGUGUUGUUUGUUUUUUUAAAUUUCAAUUCUUUAAAUUGUUACUGAUUUUGAAAACGAAUUAGACUGAUUUCAGAGUUAAAUGCGCUACGUCCCGGACUGAACCACUGACAUCCCAUUAAUACAGUGUUACCAUGGAGACUCGCUCUCUGCAUAGCGGUGUGAACCAGUCAGGUAUUUCUAGAGGCUGUAAAUGCAUGUGACCUCCCUCAAGGACUCGGGAGUUUCUCUUCCUGCUGAAAACCAAGUACCAGCCUUCACGUGCAUCGAACACUUUCUUCCUUUAGAUUGUUUUUAUUUGAAUGUAACAGAGAUUCAACGAGACAAAGGGGUCUGCUGGUUGGAGAUGGGAGGUUUAAACGCAUUUAUCUGAACAUAAAUCAAAUUAGAGCUGGACUUGUCUCGCUCACUCAUUUAUUGUUGAACCUUGUCACCUGAAUUUGCAAUGAGGAAAGCGGUUCUAUUAAAUUUAAUAUGCUUUUGUAUAUUUUAAUAUACUACACAUCGAUGGCAAGGAUUUCUUCGAAUCAAAAUCCACCAUUUAUUUUCAUGACAACAUGGGCCGCUCAAGGAAGAGCUGCAGGAAGGACUGCGCUCUGAUACCAUUUUGUGUUGCAUGUCUCUCCCAUUCCAGUAUUGCAUGUUGGGCACGACUCGGGCGUCCUGUUCUGGUGGUUUGCGUUUUCUAGGCGUUGUUUUAAACGCUUCUCUGGGAAUUGCUUUUCUAGUUUCGGAACAGUAGAGUACGUUGGCUUUUAUAAAUGUUUCUUUCCACUUUGAAAACGGGCGCAGAUUGUAGUGAAUGCAGUCUUGGGUCUCUUUCAUUUUAAGUUUUGAAGGUGAAACUGGAUACGAAGUAGGUACGUGUGUGAAGUUUUUAUUCCCUUUUGUAAAUAAAGUCUAGUUUGUUUACUGUUUGGCCUGAUUUCAUUUGUGUGCGUCUCUGAAACUUCAAACAUGUUCUUGAUCUGUAGAGCGUAGCUCAGAGGUCAUGUCAUUUUAUUACAUUUUAUUUUAUGAAGGUUCAGAUUGUAGGGCUUCCUCUUUUUUUACCCCAGAACCAGUUAUAAGGCGGUGUGGGUGUGACUCCAAUUUGCCCCAUCAUGCCCAUCCCAGCAGCACUUUCAUUCUCAAUGCAAGACAGAAUACAAAUCGCAUCACACUGCAGGUUAUAAAUCUCUACCAUUUAAUGAAAACACACACAAAAAAUAAAUAAAAUUGCAACCAUAUGUAGCAGAUGAUGCAAGGUUCAUGAUAUAGCAGGUCUUGCAUCCAUACUAGACCCUGAUCAAUUGUGCCCUGGAGCAAUGCGAGACAGGCUUCUCCCAUUGUUAGUGGCACUUGCUCUCAAGGUAAAUUUCUGGCCCAGAGGG